GUCGACCCAGCCUCAUCAAUACUCUGAAUUUGUGUGUCAUGGUUUUGUAUUUAACUUUGAGCUGUUUUUCUGCUUGCAGUGUGAAACCCUUUACAUCGGCAUAUGGGUUUGAAACCAAGCUUCCGUCCAUUUCUGGAGAGAUGGUUCCACCUUGGCAAGGGCGGUCUAUUGCAGGGCCCAAACUGAGGCUAGUAGAGUUCUCGGCCUUUUUGGAACAGCAACGAGAUCAAGACUCUUACCACAAGCAUUUAUUUGUACACAUAGGCUCCACGGCCACCUACAACGAUCCCCUUUUAGAAGCUAUAGACAUCAGGCAAAUUUAUGACAAAUUUCCCGAGAAAAAAGGGGGCCUCAAAGAAUUAUAUGACAAAGGACCUACAUCUGCGUUUUUCCUGGUGAAAUUUUGGGCUGAUAUCAACACAAAUCUGCAGGAUGAAAGUGGGGCCUUUUAUGGGGUAACCAGCCAGUAUGAGAACAAUGAGAACUUGACAAUCCAGGUGUCAACGAAGGUGUGUUCAUUCGGCAAACAGGUGGUGGAGAAGGUGGAGACUGAGUAUGCCAGGAUAGAGAACGGUCGCUACAUCUACCGCAUUCAUCGGUCGCCCAUGUGUGAGUACAUGAUCAACUUUAUACACAAGCUGAAACAUCUUCCGGAAAAAUACAUGAUGAACAGCGUCCUGGAGAACUUCACUAUUUUACAGGUGGUUACAAACCGGGACACCCAAGAAACCCUUCUAUGCAUAGCAUUUGUAUUUGAGGUGUCCACGAGCGAACACGGAGCACAACACCACAUCUACAAGUUAGUCAAGGAUUGA